AAACCUGACAACCAUCAUUGAUGAUGGUCUUUUGGAUCCUACAAUUUAAUACUCAUUAAUGCACUAUUUUGUUUUCUGAUUUUCUCCCUCUUCGCUUCUAUAUCUUCCCCACGUGCCCACGUAAAUCCACAUUAUUCCAAAGGGCAUUUUCGUCAUUGCACUUACCCUAAUAUUCAUUAUGGACCUCCUCCUCUCCCACCCAUAAAAAUACUACAAAACAGACCAUUGCAACAAAUAUCAUAUAUAGAUAUAGAUUGUGUAUGUAUAUACAUCGCCGGAGAUGCCGGCAGGGUGGAUAAAGUCGUUACAAUGCAAACAAAGAGCUGUAAACGACGUCGUUGAGAGUCAUCAUGUUCGUCUUCUUCCGGCUUCUUCAAGUUGUAGAAAGAGUUCUCAAAGCCUUAAAGAUGUCGUUGAAACUAAAAGUGUCAAGAAAGCGUCGCUAAAGCCAACAGUUGAGCUACCGGAGAGGGUAAAUAAGCAUCCCGGGUCAAGAAAACCCGAAAAUAUAACCCGGGUCAGAAGUAGUAAUGCGUCAUCUAAUCUCCGGCGACAUUCACGGCCGCCGGAGUCUUAUAUUCCGGCGUUGACUGACCUGCCGGUGGGCCACCCGUCUCGAAAUGUGGUGGAGAUAAUAUUUCAUACAAGUUGGUCUCCCAAGGUUUUUUCGGGUCGGAUAGAGAUGGUUUUUAAAGUUCAGAAUUCGGGUCGGGUCGUGACCCGGUUUGAGGAGUAUAGAGAGUUGGUAAAGUCCGGAUCCGGGUCAAUGGGUAAUUCCGGGUCGGGUCAGCCCGGGUCCGGGGAUGACCAUGCGCGGUGUGUUGCGGAUGGGAAUGAAGUGAUGAGGUUUCAAUGCCUGGGGUCGACCGCGGGCAGCGGGUAUGAGACCGACGACAGCGGUUCCUGGUCGUUUCAGUGGGGUAAGGGGGCGGCGUUGUGUACGUUUUCGGGCAGCGGGGCAGCGCAUGAGAGUGCGGGUGGUGGUAGAGGGCGGAAAGCAAUGCUUGUUUGUCGGGUCAUUGCGGGUCGGGUCAGGAAGCAUGGGUUCGAGUCGGGUUAUGGUGGAAGAGUUGGGUAUGACUCAGUGAGUGGUGAAAAUGGUGAGUUGCUUGUGUUUGAUUCUCGUGCGGUGUUGCCUUGUUUUCUUAUUAUCUAUAACUUGUAAAAAUUCGUUUUCUACGAUUUUGUAGAAGUCAUAACCUAGUAAAUUUUACAUUUACCACUUUUU